AAUAAGUUCACAUUGCAAGCAAAAACCACCAGCCAUAAGUAUAAACAACCAAGAGAAAUAUUCAGUAAUAAGAUUUUGAAAUAUGAAGGUUGCAGUUGAGGUUGUUGUAUCGAAUAAUGAGAUUAUCAAGCCCUCGUGCCCAACCCCUGAUCACUUCCGCCAUUAUCAGCUAUCUUUACUUGAUCAUCUAUCUCCCCAAGCAUACAAUCCUUUUGUCUUGUUUUAUGAACUAGAUGAUGAUGACAAUGAUGAUCAUCAAGAUCAUGAGUCCGUGAUCAACGAAAUAUCAAACAAGAUUAAGAACUCUUUAUCUGAGGUUUUAACACUUUUUUACCCUCUAGCCGGGCGAGUCAAGAAUGACCGAUUCAUUGACUGUACUGACGAGGGAGUUCCUUACACAGUAGCCCAAGUGAAAUCUCCAUGCCAUCUUUCCCAAGCCAUAAAGGAUCCCCUCCUGAGUGAACACUGCAACUUCCUUCCAUUCGGAAUGAACGAACUCAAUGAAUUCGCCUUAGGUGUCCAGCUCAAUGUCUUCGAACGUGGAGGAAUUGCUAUUGGCUUGUGCAUUUCACAUAUGAUUGCCGAUGCAUUAUCUUGCACUACGUUCAUCAAAACUUGGGCCGCCAUAGCUCGUGGAGAAGCCAAUCAUAUACCGCAUCCCAACUUUGUUUCGGCCAAGCUUUUUCCGGCGUUGGACGGCCCCAAGUUCGAUCCAAAUAAUGUAAUCUCCAGCAAUGUCAUAUCAAAGAGGUUUGUGUUUGAAGGUCCUACGAUAGAGGCGAUUAGGUCAAAGUACGAGAAAAAAACAAGCUUGGAGAUGGAGGGUGAGAGACGACCGACUCGAGUGGAGGCUUUGUCUGCUUUCAUAUGGAGUCGUUUCGUGGCGGCGACUAGUUGCGACAACGACGAACAUUAUGCCAAAACUGAGAAAGCUUAUGCUAUAAUUCAUACCGUGAAUGUUCGUCCGAAGUUAGAUCCUCCGCUACCACAACAUUCUUUCGGAAACCUUUAUCGGUACAGCUACGCUAUUUUCUCUUCUACCAUCUUGAGUUCUACUGAGAAAGAUGAUGACUGCGGUUAUGAGGCGAUGAAGCAGAUAAAGGCAGGGUUUAAAACAAUGGACAUGGAUUAUCUGAGAAAGGUUCAAGAAGGAGAAGAAGUGAAAUUAAAACACUUUAUGGAAUAUUCAGAAGAGUUGUUGAAGAAAGGUGGAGAGUUGGUUUCGUUUGGUUUCACAAGUUUUUGUAGGUUUCCUAUUUAUGAUGCUGACUUUGGUUGGGGAAAGCCAACUUGGGUCAGCUUAACCUCUUGGGGUUACGAAAAUCUUGCGGCUUUCGUGGACACUAAAACGGGGAAUGGAAUCGAAGCAUAUGUUUUUUUGAAGGAAGAGAACAUGGCCAAGCUUGAAGACGACACGGAGUUCCUUAAAGCCGUGUCUCGGCCACUUUGAUUAUUCUAAACAUAAUUAUCAGGGAUUGUGAUGAAGAUGAACUACUACGUGGUAUAAUUAAUAUGCAUGCUAUGUAGUACUUUUUGUUAUUGUUUUUUUCCCAUCAAUAUAAUGUAUUUUUCGUUAUAAUAAAUAAAUGGAGAUCUUGGUGUGUUAA